AUGGCCCUCUCCUUCAUGCUCUCUUGGUACGACGAGGUCAAUCUUGACCAGCUGGAGUGCCGGAGGGCUGAUGUGGAGGAAGCUGCGGAGGAGACCAGGGCUUCUCCUAUGAAGAGGUCAAUCGGCGGCUUUGCCGACGAAGAUGAUCUCCUUGAUAUUGAUGAUGAUUUCAUUGAGCCUCCGCCUAAGAGGGUCCGAUCUGAUGCUGUCUCGCCAGCCGCCGCAGCUUCCGAAGCUUCGGCUCCUAAGGCGGCUCCCGCGGCGCAAGCAUCAACUGCCUCUUCCCUUUCCAAAGGGAAAGAUGCUCCUACUGCUGCCACAGCCCCUCCUUCUGAUCUACGAGGUGUGAUAUCCUCUUUAGAGGCCUUCGCCUCUCAAUUCACCUCUCUGGAGGCGGACAAAAUUCGGCUGCAAGAGGAGGCUAAGUCUUCCUCUUCAAAGCUGGAUGGCGCCAUCAAAAAGGCCGCCAUAGCUCGCCAGGAGGUCGACUCCCUGAAAGAAGAGCUGAACAAGCUGAAGGAGAGGCUGAAGGAGGAGGAAACUCGGGCGGCAGAAAAGGAUGAACUUCUCCGUCAGUCUGCCUUGGCCCUGCUUGAAGCCGCCAGUAUCCCUGUUACUGCUUUGGACAAAGUUCCAAGCAACUCCCCGGCAAAUGGUGUGUCAAUGGUUCUCGCCACCCACCAGCUUACCCGGGAGCUGCUUGACAAGGGAAAGGGUGUUCUGGCGCGGAUGCAUUCAAUGAUAUUCCCCAAGGCCAAGCAAGAGAAGAAUCUGGGGCAGCUGAUUGAUGCCUUCGCAGUCGACACUAAGGAGGUCAUCGAGGUAUUCAAGCGCACCUCACGUACCUAUGGUGCCCUUCUUGCCUUCCAACUUAUGAUGGGUUACGGCUUUAAGGCUGACAUCGAAGAAAUGACUAAGGAGCUGCCGAAAGAAAAAGAUGGGCAACUUGUUAACUUAAGCGCCUUUACGAUCUCGCCCGUACUUGUGCUCGCCAGCUCCUUGAUUUAG